ACUCUUCGUGAAUAUUCUAAGGCCGCUGUGUACAGACGCGACGUUUUGACAGAGACAGGACAUGCAUGACAGGUCUUUACAGUUGCGCUCUACCAUACCAGCCCUGUGAUUGGCAUUAACAGACGGAAAAGACUCACCCCGAUACCUAACCCAAGUCUGCAAUCAUGGUCACACCCGUACCUCACGACGAUGAAGCCAUCACUACGUAUAGCAUGCACGUCUCAGCUAAAUACCUCGAACUCACCAAGAAGAAGCUAGAAAUGACGCGUCUACCACGUGAACUAGAGUUGCCGGAUGAGAGGAGAUGGGAGCAAGGAACACCAAAGAGUGUGCUUGAGCCGCUCUUGGACUUCUGGCUCGAAGGUUACGACUGGCGCGCCGCGGAAUCGCGCUUCAACUCGACUCUCCCUCAAUACCGAACCACCAUCACCCUACCCUCCGUUACCUCUCCUGGAACCACGCAAUCCCUACGCAUACACUUCGUACACAAGCGAUCCAAGCAUCCCAACGCCAUUCCAUUGCUUCUCUGUCACACAUGGCCGUCGUCGUUCAUCGAGGUCCAACGCGUCAUCGACGGCCUGACAGAUCCACACUCUCUGCCAGGUCAUGCCAACAGUGCACAACAGGCUUUCCAUGUUGUGGCGCCGAGCAUACCGGGGUUUGGGUUUAGUGAUGCGAGUAUGGAAGAAGAUUUUGGGCUUCAUGGGACAGCGGACGUAUUCCAAAGGUUGAUGGGGAGGUUGGAGUAUACGCAGUUUGUUACUCAUGGAACGGGGGGGUUUGGAAUAUGUCGCGCUUUGGCAUUAAGACAUCCAGAGACUUGUCUGGCGGUGCAUACUACGAAUCCGUCGUUUGACAAGCCGAAGUUGAAGAACGGGCCAGUGCGGUUUCUCAAGUAUCGGGUUGCUAAGCUCACGCGGGCAAAGGUGCCAUUGUUGAGCUUUGGAUAUAUGCCGAAUGAAGUGCAGACACUGUCGAAAGGUCUGAAUAGGAAAGAUCCGGCAACGUUGGAUGCGGUUUAUGGCGGUGAGCCGCUGGGACCCACGCUACAUCGUCUCUACUCGCUUCGGCCGCAGACAUUGGCCUUCUCUUUAUGCGACUCACCUGUGGGAUUGCUUGCCGCCUUACUCGAUGUCAUACAUACGAGAGAUGUACUACCGCGUCCGCUCUCGUCGCGGCCGAGGAGUCCUUUUCUUUCACCGAUUGAACUAGAGAUGCAGCGUGGUGAGGAAGAGCAAGAGGAAGAGGAGGAUGUCCGUUCGACAUCUACGGCACAACCUGGAGGUGCGACGAGUCUAGACAGAGUGGACGGCGAUGGGAGGAGUUACACAUGGAGUCCAACGGAGGUGCUGAAUUUUGCAAUGUUGCAAUGGUUACCAGGGCCUGAAGCGGCCCUCCGCUGGCUCCGCCGCGCACACAUCGACAUGCAACCCCCCUCUUACCAACCCUUUACAUCCACUCCCCUUGGCAUUUCCACGUUCCUCCAUCCUAACAGCACUACGGCAACACCACUGAUGUGGGGUGCACACUCCUGGGAUAUAUCCUGGGUGAAGCGCCAUGCCGGUUGCCCUGCGAUGCUACCAGGCUUUGAGGCACCAGAUGCGCUGGUAUUGGACCUGAGGGAAUGUUUCGGGAUGAUGAUCGAUAGAGGGAAGCUGAAGUUGAAGAUGCCUGAAAGGGAAGGUUAGGUGGUAAGAAGUGUUGAUUCAAGAUAUAGAUAUAUCAGGUUUGUUGUAUGCGAUUAAGCUGGAACAAAGACGGAUGGGUGCGCCUGGGGUUUCGGCCCGUACUAACGAGUACCAGGAGUAUGCUUGCUUGUUGCAGGGGCUGUGCUGGUGCCAUAGGGCCUGGUGUUCUUAUGGCGAGGUGUUAUACAUGUAUACGCAGUUUGUGCGAUUAUUAUUCUGGGCAAUACAAUCAACCUGGCUAUAUUGGAUGAUGUGAGUCUUCGCCCUGGUUGUGAGAGGUGGUCGUGCGCAGUGAUGUAGAGCAGCUGCGUUAGAAUUGGGAUACUUUGACGAAGGAGAUUGCGAAGGAG